CCGCUUUUUUCAGCUUCCGGACUGUCGCACACAUACACGCGCUAGCGGCAUGGCAGCGGAGAGUACGGUGGCUAACGGCGGGGAAACGGCGUCCUUGAACGGCGAACCGUCAGUCAAACGAGCCCGGGAAUGCGAAGAAGCCUAUUCAGUCUGCCGGGUAUCGAAGCCGGAGCCACAGAAUAAAGUGACGGUUGUGCUCGGAGCGCAAUGGGGGGACGAGGGGAAGGGGAAGGUGGUGGACCUCCUUGCCAUGGACGCGGAUAUUGUGUGCAGGUGUCAGGGAGGUAACAACGCAGGACACACUGUGGUGGUGGAUUCAGUGGAAUACGAUUUCCACCUGCUGCCAAGUGGCGUUCUCAACAAAAAUGCAGUCUCGUUCAUCGGGAAUGGGGUUGUGGUCCAUCUGCCAGGACUGUUCGAGGAAGCUGAGAAAAACCUUCAGAAGGGCAAAGGACUCCAAGGCUGGGAGGAGAGGCUAAAGAUUUCUGACCGUGCACACAUUGUGUUCAACUUCCACCAGGCCGUCGACGGCAUACAGGAACAGCAGAGACAGCAGCAGGCUGGGAAGAACCUGGGCACCACCAAGAAGGGCAUCGGCCCUGCCUACUCCUCCAAAGCCGCCCGCAACGGCUUGCGAGUGUGUGACCUGGUCUCCGACUUCUCCAUCUUCCAGCAAAAGUUCCGAGUCCUGGCAGGAUAUUUUCAGACCAUGUACCCCACCCUCAAUAUUGACGUAGAUGCUGAGCUCCAGCAACUCAAGGGCUAUGCGGAUAGACUGCGCCCCCUGGUGACCGAUGGUGUGUACUUUAUGCAUAAGGCCCUCACUGGCCCCAGCAGGAAAAUCCUGGUGGAGGGGGCCAAUGCUGCCCUGCUGGAUAUUGACUUUGGGACCUACCCGUUCGUGACCUCAUCAAACUGCACCGUGGGUGGUGUGUGCACAGGGCUGGGUGUGCCGCCCUCCCACGUUGGGCGCAUCUAUGGCGUGGUCAAGGCCUAUACCACACGAGUGGGAGUGGGAGCCUUCCCCACGGAGCAGGACAAUGACAUUGGGGCCCUACUGCAGUCACGGGGAAGGGAAUUUGGGGUAACAACAGGCCGGAAAAGGCGCUGUGGCUGGCUGGACCUGGUCCUGGUUCGUUACGCCCACAUGAUCAAUGGUUUCACUGCCCUCGCUCUCACCAAGCUGGACAUCCUGGACACGUUACCUGAGAUAAAGGUGGGCGUGGCAUACACAGUGGACGGACAGCCCCUCCCCAGCUUCCCUGCCAACAUGGAUGUGCUGACGAAAGUGUCGGUGCAGUACGAGACGGUGCCAGGGUGGUGCUGCAGCACGGAGGGGGUGCGCAGUUUCAAGGAGCUCCCCCUGCAGGCUCAACGGUAUAUCCGCUUUAUUGAGGACUUCCUGCAAGUGCCUGGUGAGUUCAGAGUGACAGACUCCCCAAAGGUGCUGUGUACACACAACAGAAGUAUCCUAAAAGACGGGCAUGUCUACAGCAGGAGUGGGUCCAAGCAACAAUAUGUGGAAGAAUUACCCUUGUCCUGCUGGACUGAUGGGUUUAUACUGACAAACUGGAAGACAGAUUAAGAAUGGUUUUACUGUGUGUGUUUGUGUAUGCAUAUGUGUAGAGAUAGAAGUACAUGUAUACAGGUUGGUGGGUGUCUGAUCAUUUAUCCAUUAUAUAUUGAUUGUCCACAUCACUUUUAUGGAUGUGGAUUUUGGAACCAUAUUCUACAAAAGUCCAUUUGUGUUAUUCAUAGAGAUUUUGAUAUGUCUGCAGGUGACUUGUGAGGAUGACUUGUGUUCUACUGUGUCAGUUUCGAUAAUGAAAUGAUUUCUUUGUUAUAUGUUUGUUUCCCUCUCUCCCUCUCUUC